CCCGAUUCCUGAUCGUCGUGAGUCCAGCUGUCUGAGGGGCUGCCUGCAUUUCUGCUGCCGUGCCGCCCUUCAAGCUGUCAUCACCCAUCCAUCACAUCUGGCGUCACACGAGUCCAUCCUGAGUAGACGAGUCCUUUUGAUCUGCCGGUCCUUCUUGUAGCCACACACGAGUUCCGCUGUAGCUCCUGGUCCUCUUCCACCAUGCGCCAAGUCAGCAUGUGCCGCUUCCUACUGCCCGUCCCUCCCACGGACAAGGCGGAUCAAGCGCCUCAGCAGCGCCACGCGGACACAGGUGAGAUGGCUAUCACGCCCACAGAUCUGCUUGAACAUGCGCUGAUGUGUUUUGCUUUCGAUGCAUGCCUUCAGAUUUCACCACUCCCGAGGCGCAGGCCAUCGCCGAUGAGAUCAUCACUCAGCGACAGCUGGUGAGCCACACACCAACACCGACCAGACAACACAUCCCUGAGGAAUGUGGAUGCGUUUGCUGUUGUUGUCAGGCGUCCCCUCCGCCGAAUGCGUCACUGUGCGGCUUCCAGCCAGGGAAGCUGGCCGACGUGUGUGAGCACAUGUACACCCACGAGGCCAUCCGGCUGGCCCUCCUCAGCAAGAGCAUCCAAGACACGUCCCAGUCGCCGUUCGUUAUCCGCCAUCUCAACGUCACCCCCGAGUCGCACAAGCUGUGGCGCAAAGCACAAAGGAGCGUCCUGGGGCAGCUGCGGGGCCGCCUCACCCGGCUGGAGACGGCCUCCAUCAUCACAGACGAGGAUGUCUACUCGCGAGGGCUCAACGAGGACCGGCUGGGCGACGAGCCAGAGGCCAAUGACGAUGCACUCGAGACCGUACCCCUCGAUACGUCAGAGGAGCGGCAGAGCCUGGGCCAUGGCCAUCGGUCCGUCUACGCGCGGCUGCUGGAGGCCUCAGCUGCGCGGCUCAAGGAGUGUCACCUACUCGAGGCCUGCCCUGGCGUGAGCGACGGUCCGGGGUCGAUCUCCGAGAUGCUGAGGCGACAGCCAAGGGUGACCUUCGAGUCGCUUCAUGUAGUCGAGAUAGAUGGCAGCCUGUGGGCGGCGGUGGCAUACAGCCGCCUGUGGCGGCUGCCCAGUCUGAAGGUCUUCGUCAGUAGCGGCUGCCAUCCCCAGCUCAUGAUGAGGUGGCUGGAGCACACACCCCACCUGGCCCAUUGCGAGGUGGAGACCGCCAACGCCCUGUACUUCAUCACCGUCUUGCGGGCCGUCCCCUCCCUCAAGAGCCUCACGUCGCUGGGCGUCAUCGACAUCGACGACAAGUUCGCCCCCUCUCUCGACACGUUUCUGCGCCUGCUGGAGGACAAGGGCGCCAUUGGCCGCAGUGGCCACAUCGAGAGCCUCAGUGUGCUCCCGUCGUUCAGCCGUGUGGAUACCGACGAGGAGGGCCAGCAGCAAGAGGAUGACCGGGACGUGCAGCGCGACCGCGUCCUCGCGGCCCUGCGUGCACUGGCCGUGUUUGUGGACCGCAUCGCCGGCAGCGGCAUCUCGGCUGGUCCCAACACCCAGGUGACGGCCAUCCCGCGCUCAUCAUGGUACGACAAAGUCACCAGCAAGAUGCUCAAGUCGACAGCGCAAUCGGACAGCACGGGACCAGCGGCCUCGUCGUCGACGGCUGCCGCUGACAACAGCGGGCAGACGGCCAGUCGCAAGGCGCCCCUCUUCCCCAACAUGGUGCCUCGAGGUGAUGCUGAUGGUGCGAGUACGAGCCAGCCAGUGGCUGAGAUCACAACCACCAGGCGCCCCUUCCAGCUGCUCAUCUACAUGCCCCCACACUUCGACGACAAGCUGCUGCGUCUGGACCUGAAGGCGUCCGACGUGCUGCCCAAGAAGAUCGUUCGCGAGAUGGCCCGGGCGGCCGAGGUGAUGGCGGUGGAGGCCACAUCGAGCAGCGCGGCAUCUGGCAGGGGCAGCUUCGGGGACUACGUCUUCGAUUCGCUGGCCGGUCUGCAAAUCUGCGACCCCGCGGAGAUGACGGACGCCGUGCUGCCCCUGCUGCCAGACGCUCCCUGCAGCCGCUUUCCACGACUGCAGAGGGUCUUCUUCCGGUUCCCCUCCUUCCAUCUGAUCAGAGAGGGAGGGGUGAGGCAGCUGCUGUCUCCAGUCAAGGGCCAGCUGCCCAAGGCCGUCGUUUUCCUCAUCGACGCGCCCAGCAGAUACGACACCAAUUACGGCACAACCGCCCAGCCGCCGGCUCGAGAAGCCGCUCCUGGCCUCCUUGCCCAACUUGCGGUCGAGUGCCUCGAGGCGACUGGUCAGGUGGACGAGGUGGAGCUCGACUUCAUGCCUGUCAUCCCUGACGAGAUCGACAGGGGGCUGCCGCACACGUCCCCCUUCUACCACCUGUACAAGACUCCCUCCCUCAUGGCCCGCCUCCCCACCAUGAAACACCUGACCAUCGACUCCCCGUACUGCAUCCAUGGCCAGCUGGGCAACCUGCAGAUCGACUUCAUCAUGGCCGUCAUCACCAACACGCACGGCCUGCAGCAGGUGACCUUCAGCGAGAGGAUGACCGGGGCGGUCCACGACAGAUAUCCAAACCGGCUGCAGCACUACCCGGCCUACCUCGCGUCUGCUGCUGUCGAUGAGACGCUCGCGUCGGCCGGGUCGCCGUUUGUGGUGGUGUCGGCUGAUGACACCACACUCACACUCAAGCGAUAGAGGAGAGACGGUGGGUGGGUGGGCGGCUGUUCGGUGGUGGGUGGGAGAGACUGAGAGGUAGACGUAGCGAGGAUUGGAUUGGAUGGAUGCAGUGUUUGCUUCGAUGGGGGGGUUCGUUUACAUGUAGCUGUUCGUGCCUUGGUGUACAUAUUCGCAUCUGACGUGUCGCAGCCCAGCAUUGCUGGCAUGAAUAGAGGCUGAGUGCAGCGUGCGGUGGGCAUUUUGGGUUAACAGUUUUGAUGCAUCUGGACGGUGCACAGAUGGCUGUAAGCAGGGCUGUGUGUGGUUCUGAGCAACCGCCCUCCCAUUGCAGGCAGACAGACUGCUCCAAUGCCUCACUCGCGUGGCUGUGGAGCACUGCUGUCGGUCUGUCUUCUUCGAGGCAGAUUACUCAGAGCCAAGACACCAUCGACACGAGACGGUCGGACGUGUCACACUGUGCAUGCGUAGCUUGCUGAUGAGAGGGCGGCC